AUGCGAGGCCCCUUUUCAAUCGUCUUUAUUGCCAUAGUUGCGAAUGCACUGGCGGAUGACCAUGUCGACUCCUCGACGCAUGGUUGGCAGGCCCCCGGACCCAACGACUCUCGAGGACCUUGUCCCGGCCUCAACACGUUGGCAAACCAUGGCUUCCUGCCCAGAAAUGGAAAAAACAUCUCCAUCCCCAUGAUCCUCAAAGCCGGACACGAGGGGUAUAACAUGGAGGCCGACAUCUUGACCAUCGCCGCUAAAGUAGGUCUACUCACCUCUCCUGGCGACCAACCCACGACGCUUUCGCUUAAUGACCUCAAGGCACACGGCGUCAUUGAGCACGAUGCAUCUCUAUCUCGUCAGGAUAUCGCUCUGGGCGAUAACGUCCGCUUCAACGAGACGAUCUUCUUUACACUUGCCAAUUCUAAUCCCGGUUCCGAUGUUUAUAACAUCACAUCUGCGGGUCAAGUUCAGCAUGCACGCCUGGCAGACUCUCUCAAGAAUAACCCGAAUGUGACAAAUACGGAUUUGACGUCUAUCAUCCGCGGCGCCGAAAGUGCUUUCUAUCUUAGUGUCAUGGGGGACGCCAUUCAAGGUGUUGCUCCGAAAAAGUUCGUGCAGAUCUUUUUCCGCGAGGAACGUCUCCCCAUCCAAGAAGGGUGGAAAAAGUCGACGGUUCCGAUUACCCUUGCCACUGUUGGCGCUCUUGUCGACCGAGUUUCAGCAGCAGCCACCCCUUGGGAGCCAACUGGUAAAAAUUGCGCUGGAAUAUUGUUGCUUGACGUUUGA